AUGGAUCGAAGCAUCAGGUACUUUGAUAUGUGGAAAGAUUAUCUCAACCUGGGGGCUGUGGUGCAGGACUUGCAGCAGAACAGCGGAGGUACCCUGGGUGUGGGUAGCGCCGUGGCCCCUGGUUCCACCACGUCCAUCUCCACCUCCCAGAGUGGCUGCAAGAGUGAGAGGGAAAGCAGGACGGAGAGCCCCAGCCCAGCCGGCAGCCCCUCUGAGAGGUGCUGUCGCUUCUGCAAGCAGAACGGCGAGACUGUGCAGGUGUACACUUCUCACUGCCUCAGGACGGACGAUGGGAAGGUCUGCUGCCCUGUCCUGAGGAACUAUGUCUGCCCGCUCUGCAAGGCCACUGGAGACCGUGCCCACACACGCCGCUACUGCCCUCGACAACAGGGGCAGCACCAGGGACAGACCCGUGCCAAAGGGACACACUGCAACCGACCCAGACUAAAACGCUGAGCCCAGCGAGGGGGAAACGCAGAGACUCAUCUCUGUAUGCAAAACUUUUCUGUU